UGCAUAUGAAAUAAUUAGUUUGACAGGGAUGCAAAUGUUAACAUCCUUUUGAUUUUCAUGUCCCAAAAGAGAAAAUCUCUCCCUCAAGCUCAAAGACGAGGUUGAUCUUCAAAUUUUCAGCUGUAAUUGGCGACGUAGUUAUCUUCUGACAAGUGAUAUCUUGUUUGGAGUUGCAAUGGCAGACGAGGAGGUUGUUGAUCCAAAGAAAUAUUAUGAAGACACUUGCAAGCCAAAGUGUGUAAGGCCACUACGCGCAUAUCAGGCUUGUGUCGAGAGGGUGAAGGGUGAUGAAACCGGUCACAAGCAUUGCACCGGUCAAUACUUUGAUUAUUGGUCAUGCGUCGAUGCAUGUGUUGCACCCAAGCUGUUCGAUAAACUGAAAUGAAGAAUGGAACUUAAUGAUAGUCAUGUAUUUGGUUAGACUAUUUUUGACAGAUUCAAACAGUCCUUGUUGGUCAUAUUGGAGAUCCUGCCUCUGCUGAAUUUUCAAAUAAACCCAAAGAUAGACGGUUUGAAUUUUUAUUGAAUUGUUCAUAAAUCUAAACUUUGAUUGUGCCAAACAAAUCACUUUGUCGAAGUUCCGGUGUGAAUAAGUUAUCGGCUUCGCAAUUUAUUUUCAGCUCUUCAAGUAUAGAAUCUUGUAGAUCAAAACAAAAGUAAUCUUGUACUAGAGGUUUGUGAAACAAAAGUUAUGGUCACUGGAAGCCAUCAACCUCAAA